GCGGCGGCGGAGUGACGGGCUCGGCGGCGGCGGCUGCCGCUCGGGCGGGCGGCGGCGGCGGGGCAGGAUGAGCCAGGAGGAGAUCCUGAGGAGGUUCAUUAAGCGCGUCCAGGCCAUGAAGGACACGGACCACAAUGGGGAGGACAACUUCGCCAGCGACUUCAUGAGGUUAAGAAGAUUAUCAACAAAGUACAGAACAGAAAAGAUCUAUCCAACAGCCACUGGAGAAAAAGAAGAAAAUGUUAAAAAGAAUAGAUAUAAGGACAUUUUACCAUUUGAUCACAGCCGGGUUAAACUAACUUUAAAGACUCCUCCACAAGAUUCAGACUACAUCAAUGCAAACUUUAUUAAGGGAGUACAUGGGCCAAAAGCAUAUGUUGCUACCCAGGGGCCAUUAGCAAACACAGUAAUAGACUUUUGGAGGAUGAUAUGGGAAUACAAUGUUGCUAUAAUUGUAAUGGCCUGUCGAGAGUUUGAAAUGGGAAGGAAAAAAUGUGAACGUUACUGGCCUUUGUAUGGAGAACCAGCUGUAACUUUUGGACCAUUUCGUGUUUCUUGUGAAGCUGAGCAAGCAAGAACGGACUACUUCAUUAGAACAUUAUUACUUGAAUUUCAGAAUGAGACUCGUAGCGUCUAUCAGUUUCAUUACGUUAACUGGCCUGACCAUGACGUCCCUUCGUCUUUUGAUUCUAUUCUGGACAUGAUCAGCUUGAUGCGAGAAUACCAGGAACAUGAAGAUGUGCCAAUUUGUAUACACUGCAGUGCGGGGUGUGGAAGAACAGGAGCCAUCUGUGCUAUAGAUUAUACAUGGAAUUUACUUAAAGCUGGGAAAAUACCUGAAGAAUUUAAUGUAUUUAAUUUAAUACAAGAAAUGAGGACACAAAGGCAUUCUGCAGUGCAGACAAAGGAGCAGUAUGAACUUGUUCAUCGAGCUAUAGCGCAACUAUUUGAAAAGCAACUGCAAAAAUAUGAAAGUAGUGCAGACUGGACAAUUGCAGAUGGAGUGGAUGAAAAUAAUGCAGAGAAUACUGUCAGUUCUUCAGAUGCUGAGAAACAGGACUCUCCACCACCAAAGCCUCCACGGACACGCAGUUGCCUUGUAGAAGGAGAUGCUAAAGAAGAAAUUUUGCAGCCUCCAGAGCCUCAGCCGGUACCACCAAUCUUAACGCCAUCUCCUCCUUCAGCCUAUCCAACAGUAACUACAGUGUGGCAGGACAAUGAUAGAUACCAUCCAAAGCCAGUUUUGCACAUGCUUUCAUCAGAGCAUUCAACAGACCUCAAUGAGAAUUAUAACAAAUCAACAGAACAUUCAGGGAAGAAUGAAGUUAAUGAACGUGCAGACAAAAGGCUGGAGCGCAACUUAAGUUUUGAAAUCAAGAAAGUACCUCUUCAGGAGGGACCAAGAAGCUUUGAUGGGAACUCACUCUUGUACAGGGGACAUGCCAUUAAAAUUAAGCCUGUUUCAUCCUGUGUAACUGAUAAGAGCUUUAAGCCACAGGAGCAGAUUUCAGGGGAUUCAUUUGUAGAUGCUUCUCAAAACUCAUGUAUGGAAUGCAGUAUGCCACAGUCUAACACAGCCUUAAUACCUUCACCAGAAAAUCUACAGAGUCAACAAGUUUCUGAUACUCCACCAAGACCAGAUCGUUUGCCUCUAAUAGAAAAGGGACAAGCCAUGUGGUCACUGCAUAGACCUGAAAAUGCAUUGCGUACAUCAGUGUCUGAAGACACAUCUUCAGACAUCUUAUGUCAUGGUGUUAAAUCAGUCUCUCUAGUAUCAAAUGCCACAGUUGAACUUCCUUGCAGUGAUAAAGUUGAUCAUUCUACUCUUGCUGUUCGAGCACCCCUCUGUUUCACUAAUCCUCUUCAUUCAGAUGAUUCUGACACAGAUGAGGUAAACUUUGACGGAGCCAUGACCAAAAGCCCAUCCAAUAUUUCAACCGCAAGUGCCACAGUUUCUGCUGCCACUAAUACUGAAAACAUUUCUGCCAGAAAAGUAUUGCCAAUGUCUAUUGCUAGGCAAGACUUACCAGCUGCAAUGUGUUCUGAAGAUGGCAAAGAUGCUGAUACUAGUGAAGAUUCCUCUCCCCCGCUCCCAGAAAGAACACCAGAAUCAUUUGUAUUAGCAACUGAACAGAACACACCCUUGCCGAAGCCAGUUACGAUUGCACAGUCUGAGUGGAGCAUACUACAUGAUCAGCAUCUCCCUGAGCGAACAGUCUCUGCAGGUUUGAAAACAGCUUCACCUGUACUAGCUGAUCAUCCUGAAGGAAGCAACAAAACACCAACUGAUGUUUUACCUCAAAUUUCUUUUUCUGGUUCCGCUGAUACAAGAGGUCAUAUUUCAGAAUUUCCUGCAGAAGUAACAGAUAUUGGUUUUGGUAACCGCUGUGGAAAGCCAAGAGGACCAAGAGAGCCACCUUCAGAAUGGACAUGAUCCAAGAACCAAUGGACAUACUGUCAAUAAACUAUACUGGAAAACUCAAAUGCCGCUGAGAAUUAGAAAAAUAGUGUUCCACUCCUUCAGGGGCAACUAACGCAGAGCAGUGUAGAUCUAACUGCAAAAUGGUACACUUCUACAGUACAUCCCACAUAAAACCUUAAACAUGGUUCACAACAGUGGAUUCCAGUAUUACAACUUAACUUUUUGCUGGGGCCAUCUACCUGCCUUAUUACACUUAGGAGAAAGUAUUACAUAUGAUUGAUUUUGUAACUUCAAGUAUUAUUGCCUUAAUGUCUUUUAACCCUGUUACACGCUGCUUGUAGACAUAUGUUAAUAUAGUAAUACUUUUGACAGAUUGUGUUUAUGGACUACUUUUUGCUAAUGUUUGAUUACCAUGUAUGCAUUAUUUUGUAUAUGUACAGGGCAAGUAAGUAUAUAAUUUGAUAAAGUUGCAAUCAUAAAAUAUUAACAGAAGAUGUAAGAAAUCUCUGCAUGGUCUAAAUUUUUGUGUACCUUAUUUGUAAAUUAUUUGCCCUGAAGUUUUAGAAAAUAGUUUCUGGGGUUUUUUACAAAAAUUGCUGGACACACACAGCCAGAAUUGCAGGUUAGCAGAGAUAAAGAUUGUAAUACAUUUUGUAAAUUGUAAGCAAAAGGUUAUUUUUAUAUUAUAUACUGUUUAAUUGUCAGACCUAAUUUGUUCUGGUUUUCAUCUAAUCAUGGAGAUUCAGUAAGUGCCUUGGAACAAUAUUGAAUUCUCUUAGCCUGUGUAUGUUACUUCAGUGUUUCGACUUCAUCUGGAAUUAGAUUAUCAAAAAUAUUUGUAUGUUUCUAGUAUAUUUGACCUGCCAGUAAAAGAGAAACCAUUCUGCAUAACCAACACUCCUCAGUUCUCAUCUUAAUGUUUCAUCAGUGGCAAUCUGUGGAAAAUUUAUCUCUAGUAACUUUCUGUAAUAAGUGUUUUACAAUUUUAAUAUGGUGCAUUUCUAAUUUGGGUAAACCAGGACACGUUGGUAAAAGGACUGUUUAAAUACCACUGUCUUCUCUCACACUGAUAAAUCUCUGUUGUUCAGCAAGUGUGUAUGUAAGAAAGCAAUUUAUAUGAAGGUUCACACAGAGCCCCUGCAGCUACACUGUACCUUGGCAAUUUAUUAUGCCAAGAGUUAAUCCUUAUAAGGAUUCUUCGCUUAAAAUUUUCUGUAAUAGAAUCUUUAAAUUAAAGAAACUCCAAAAUCUCUUUAUGGGUGUUUUUACUCUUAUGAAAAAAACGUAUUCAGAAGCAAACUAAAAUAGUGUGAAGGGUGGCAGUAAGUCUUAGUUUAUAGAUCUAGUACAAAAAAAUAUAUUGACUCUCUGGAAUUUAUUUUCAGUAACUACUUAAGAAAUUCUGGCUAGCAAUAAUGCCAGAAAAGUAAAGAUGAAUGUUUAGAGGAGAAAUAUUUAUUUCAAAUAGUGAAUUUACCCAUGUGUGGAACUACCUAUUAAUCUGAACUUUAGCCAGGGAAAGAUGAGGUGUUAUCGACUACAGGUAACGUUAGGGCUUGUCUGCUAAGGGAGACUUACACUCAGAUAUCUGCCUCGUUGAAACUCCCACGAGGUACACAGCCUGCAAUUACUGUCUUUGACUGUGGAGUAAUUGGCCUGCAUUUGACACAUACUACAAGCUGCCUAGCUGGAGAGCUCUCUGAAGGAACUGAACGCUCUACAAUACCUUAACUUGCCAUGGAUAUGGUUUUGCAAUUAUGCUUAAUAAAUUUCUCAGUGGUACGUGCAAGUUGGGCUAACAUCUAUCAUCUGGCUGCCUGCUUUGUAAGCAGUUCGGAUAGAUAGCUGUAAUGUCGUGCAGUUGGCAGAGCAGAGGGGGCCUGAACUUUGUUCCCCUGCGCGUGCGUUGAAGAAGGUUAGCUCUGACUGCCACCCUCCUAAGGACCUCUCGCAUUUUUGUAAUGCGUCACGUGCUGUCAGUGUCACUGGAACAGUCCAAAUUGUUAUAAAGCUAUAAAGAAAAUUUCCAAAUACAGUUUAGAUGUAUAAUUAAAGGGUCAUUUCCAUAUUUUUCUAGUAGAAAAGUGUACAGAUUGUAGAUACUCCAAUUUUCAUAUUUGCAUUUCACUUAGAGCAAUGGCUGACAAAAACGUGUCUGUGAUAUAGAAAGGCCAUCUGGAAAACAUAUAAUUACAGUACCUUCAGGUUUAUAUUUUUUUCUUAGAUUUGCCUGGAUUUUGUAUAGUAUUUCAGAUUGUUCACUGUAGAAAAUCUCAGGUUUUGUUUGUUUCAGCAGUAUGAAACUCAGAUUGUCCUGUAUUGACCUUUGUGUCCUUUGACCUGUUUAACAACUCACUGUUAUCUGCUUAUAUUCAUCCAAGUGACAUAGUUUCACCUAUUUUUUUCAUUUCAGGUAAACUGACAGAUUUAAGUGUAAAGCAUAAGCUGCACUAUGUCAUUACUUUCUAGAUUCACAUUUGUGGUUGGUACAGAGUUGUAUGCAUGGCUGGGGGCUGUAUGCUGGGUGAUUCCCCAUCAUAACUGUAGAGUGUUACCCAGUCUAUCAGCUGCUGCUUCAAAAAAGUGAACAUUUCUUUGCUGUGGUUUAACUGAAAUUGAAUCAGAGGGGUUUAGAAUAUUCUAUUGCAGUUUGCAAAUUAACAGUGAAUACAGAUCUAGACCAAGUAAUCUUUUUAAUAUGUAUUGAAAUCCAUGGUAGAAUAUUCUUUCAUUCGUUCAGCUGCAGUCUUUUGUGCUCUUUUCCCCCAAAGCAGUCUUCAACUUCGCUCUCAAAACUGCAGCUUUGAUCAGAUGCACAGCUGAUCACCGUAGCUCAAAAACCAGUCACACUGUUCAGCCAAGCUAUUUUUAUUGAUAACCACUGCACUGGCUUGUAUGUUCAUUGGGUAUUAUACUUAUUAAAUGGUCUAACUGUGCUAAUAUUGAACAAAACAGUCACUGAAUGUCACAUGAAGAGAAAAAUUAAAGUUCUCUAUGAUUUGGAAAUGUAAAUACCCUUGAGUCAUGGAAGGAAGCUGGCCACUGCUAACUUCAUUGGCUAUUUCUAGUUAGUGGCAUUUUUAGGUUUUGUUGUACUGAUUUGGCGAGUUGUUUCCUACUUCUUAGUGACUCAGUAGAACAUUACUUCUUAUUUGUCUAUUAGUGAAGUCUGUAGUAUUUUCAUGCAAAUUUCUUUAAAGAAGUUUCUAACUUUGUUCUGUGCAGUUGCUAUGAGAAAUCUGGAAAGAUUGCUUCUGGGGUUUCUUGUAUAUUGAAGUCCUGGAUUUGUUUGGAAACAAAUCACUAAAAGAGUGAAUGCAGAUAAACAGCAAUUUAGACAGCAUAGUGGCUGGGCAGUACGCGAACUCCCGGCUGCUGGAGUACUUGCAUUUAGCUCUGGAUGAUACUGUCUUUAAGCUGAGUGUUCUGACACUUGAACACUUGUGUAUUUGCAUGUGAGCAUUAAACUACGUGUUGGAAGUUGUAAUUCCCACUGUGCCACACAGCAUUUGUAUGAAGUGGUGACGUAUGCUUUAAUAUAUAGUAACUAAAAAUUUCAUGUUUUUCAAGUAAUAUUACCAUUGCUGUGGAAAUAGUUUAUAUCAAGGUCACUUAAUGCAAUGUAUCUCAUUUAUUUCAUGUGCUUCUCACAUAUUUGAUAAUAUUGUACUGUUAGCAACAGAUGGCUGUUCCUGUAUUAUUUGGGGAAGAUGGAAGGAGAGUUGUCCAGUAUUUAAAGCCACUUUCUUUAGAGCCUAGAGUGGGCUUUGGGCUGCAGAGAAAGAGCUAGGCAGUGCCUGUACCUUGGCGCGUCUGCUGUUCCCUGUGCCUGAAGAUCGAGUUAAGAUGGCUGCACGAGUGGGAGAAGAUUGGGAGAGAUCCGUUGCGAUUCUGUGGCCCAUGGCAGGCAAGCCACCUCAAACCCAGUCGUAGCCAUUCAUAAUUUAUUCAGCUCCUGAUUAAUGUAUCUACUUUAUGCAAGAUAGUUGGGCAAUUCUGACACUUGGUCAGAGCAAUUAUGAUUGUUAAAGCAGAGAAAUAACCUGGUAAAAGUAAAGAUCAUAACACUGGAGUCCAGGAGAAAACAGUAUAAAAGAUGCUUUAUUAUUAUUUGCAAUCUGAAAACAUUAAUUCUUUGUACUGCUAAAUCACAGAAGAAACAGGAGCUGAACCUUAGACCUUCUGGCUGGAAGAAGAAGGGGAUGGAUUGUCAGCAUCCACGGUGUACAGCAAACAAGACUACUCCUCCCAGUCUGAUUUGGCAGUUUAGCUGGGUUAAGAAAAGCUUACGAGCACUGGGAAGGAUAUAAGGUAUAAUGACCCAGGCAUAAAGGCUUUUUGUUAUGUUGAUUUGUACUUGCAGAGGAGGAAUAAAUGAAUAAAAAGAACUUUGAAAACCCUA